CGGAGUUAACAUAUGGCAUAAAGGGGAGCACAGCUGGAGGUAGCGUUUCCAUUGCGGUGAUGUCAGAGCAGCUGACUCCACAGCUUGCAGUGUAAUUAGCAAACAGAGCACCAGUUUACUCACUCUGCACCGGUCUUAUUUUGUUCACGUUGCCUCCUUCCCCCGAUGGUCGAGUGCUGUCGCUCCCAAUCCCGCUUUGCUUGUCCUGUAAACACCGCUGUUUGUGUGUGUGUGUGUGCACUUUGGCUAUUUUUUUUUUUUCGGAAGCGCGAGGGCUAGGCUGUCGGACUACACUACUACAGACCGGAAUACUUUGGAUAAUUUGGAGAGUGGAUCCGUUUACACCGUGAUACAUGGGUUAUGAAGGAAGAAUGGAGUUCCCAGACCAUAGCCGCCAGUUGCUGCAGUGUCUGAGUCAGCAGCGUCACCAAGGUUUCCUCUGUGACUGCACUGUUCUUGUUGGGGAGGCUCGAUUCAAAGCGCACAGAGCCGUGCUGGCCUCCUGCAGCAUGUACUUCCAUCUCUUCUACAGGGACCAGCUAGACAAAAGGGACGUUGUGCAUCUCAACAGUGACAUUGUGACAGCCCCGGCUUUCAGCCUGCUCCUUGAAUUUAUGUAUGAGGGGAAGUUGGAAUUCAGCACUCUGCCUGUGGAGGAUGUCCUGGCAGCAGCCAGUUACCUCCACAUGUACGAUAUAGUCAAAGUGUGCAAAGGCAAGCUUAAAGACAAGGAACUUUCCUCCCUGGAUGAAAAGAUGGGAGAGGGUUUGGGACUCAGCUGUCUGGACAGGGAAAAUUCCUCAGAUGGUGAGCUGCACAGUAAGCAGCUCAUUCAGCGACAGCCCCAGACACCGUCUCAGGGGCUUCACAGGGCCCCCCCGGCGGAAGAGUUUGACAUGGACAACACUGAAGUCAGGCUGGCUGUCACAGAUUGUGAUAGGUCUACGCAGAGCAGGCAGAAGGCAAACGGUCACUCUGGCAGGUCCCCGGACCUUGUAGGUGUCAAUUAUGUGUCAGCAGAGGCCGAGCCCUGCGUCCAAACAGCUGGAAAAACAAAAGCUGAUGUCAGUAGUUCCACCGUAUUGCUGUCCCAGAGGUCCCGGGCUUCAGAUGACAUGGACUGUGCACUGGAUUUGUCUUUCAAGCCUCUGUCUAGCAGAGAUCCCUUACACCCCUCCUACGUCUCGGGACAGCUGGCCCUCGACAGCCAGCAGCAGGGCACUGAGCCACUUGUUAAAGACGAACACGACUUGCUGUCAGAGCAGGAGGACAGUGAGCCGAUGAGCCCUGAGAGCCAGCGCUUUGGGAAUAGUGCCAGGAGCUCAGUGGUGACAGGGUUCGCUGCCCUCUUCCCAGGCAACAACGGUUCCACAGCCGCCCUGCUCUCCCAGGAGGAGGACCUGAUGGACGAGGAGGGGGAGGCCUGCAGAGGGAGGGAGAGCGCCCCAGGCAGGGAGGUGGAUGGGAGGGGUAGACUGCUGGGGGACAGCGAGGAGGAGGAGGAAGACGACUUGGCCUCUUCAGACAUUUCCACCUCCAGUGGAGUACUGCUGCCCCCGGGGCAACAGGUGUGCAUGUGUCCCCUCUGCAGCAAAGUCUUCCCCAGCCCCCACGUGCUGCAACUGCACCUCAGCUCACACUUCCGCGAAAAGGACGGUGCCCGUUCCAAGCUGUCCCCUGACGGCUCGGUCCCCACCUGCAUGCAGUGCAACAAGACCUUCUCUUGCAUGUACACCCUUAAGCGUCACGAGCGCACACACUCUGGUGAGAAGCCAUAUACCUGCGGCCAGUGCGGCAAGAGCUUCCAGUACUCCCACAACUUAAGUCGGCACGCUGUAGUUCACACACGGGAGAAGCCUCACGCCUGCAAGUGGUGCGAGCGGCGCUUCACCCAGUCUGGGGACCUCUACCGCCACAUCAGGAAGUUUCACUGUGGCCUUGUCAAGACUCUCGCCAUCGGAUAAAACGCCUCUCACCGGUGCCACGACACAAGACAGAAUGUCUCUUUCAUACACUGAAUACUACUACUGAUCAAUUUUCCCAUCACUAUAUAAACAUGCUGGCAGUUUGUCUGAGACAUAUCUUUUGGAUUCUACCCCCACGUGGCAUUUCUCAAGUUAAACAUGUAGCAACGUUUAAACUGGAGCUGUUUCCUGUGCUGGACUGUGUCGUCAUAGCUGUACAUGAGGGUAAAAGACGGUUAGUCAGAGUGGCGCAGGCUGAUAAGCUUGACACGGUUGCUGUUGAAAAACAUCAGAUCAGUGUCAAUGAAGGUGAACAAAUCAGAUGAUGCACUUGUUUUCCUGUCUUUUGUGUCAGUCUGAGAUUAUUUGAGGCGUGUAUUUGCCGAGAGAUGAGGAAAAAAAGCAUCCUGCAUUCACACUCUGUGGGCAAGUGGAUGAUAGCUAAAGCUAACAUACGUUAAUACAAUCGUCAGAGAGUUUAUUUGUGCACAUGGGAGAUCAGAACCGUCCGCGAGUAGCAAUAUAUGAUUAUUUUUAACACCUACAUUAUUAUAAUUAUUCUAAUUAUUUAUUUGGGGGGAUUUGUUUAGUCCUUAACAAGUAAACUUAUCACAAGGCAGCAAAAGUAAUGAAGUCUGACUACUGGAAGUAUUCUUUUCUUUUUUCUUUCUUUCUUUCUUUUUGUGGAGCUAAAAUGUUUGGUUUCAUUGAAAUGAAGUUUCUAUGUUGUUUUUGUGAGAAGAAGCAAGCAUACCAUCGCACCACCACCACCUCUUUAGUUGUUCACGUGAGCGAGCGUAGAAUACCCACUUAAAAAGAGGUUAAGAGUAUUUUAAAGGUAACGCCUGAAACACUGGUGCCUACUGUAACGCUUAAAACUUCACUUAGUGUACUUACAAAGACAAGAAUGAGAUGAUAAUGUGAUGCCUUUUGGUUAAAUUCAGUUAAGCUGUCAGGCCUCUUAAAAAAAAAAAAAAAAAAAAAAAAAAAAAAAAAAAAAAAUCUGGAUUACACUCCACAUACCAGGUAGUAACAAAGGUAAUCCUCUACUGUGGAAGCCAGUUAAUCCGUGAGUGCCCUUAAUAAAAUUAGAAUGUAAUAAACCAAACUCAUGUCAACCUUUUUGUCAAAAAACACAAAACACACAGUUGUGAGUAAAUAACUUCAUUUCUUGGUUUAAAGGGUAUGCUGACAGUGUUCAGGACAGACUCUUUAGCAGGCAGAUGGGGGGGGGGGAGACAGGUGGAUGUCCAGUAUCUUCUCUAUUGUUACCAUCAAAGCUGUGCCAUUCAGCUUAAUCUACUGACCUUUUCUUUUUCUUUCUUUCUUUUUCAUAACCUUUUCACACAAAUUUACUGGAUGUGUUUUAUGUUGCUACUGAGGACGUUGGAGCCUUUAGCGAUGCUGCUCUUGGAUUUCUUCUCUCUGUUCAUUUAGAUGCUGUAUGGAUUUCUUACCAGGGGGUGUAGCACUAAAAGUUCAUGAUUUUUGUCUAAUCUGUCCUGAGAAGACUUGAUCGGAAUUUAUUUAUUAGUCUGACUUGGUUCAGGGGUUUACUGUAGCGGUAGCUCUUAUUUCUAUAAGCUUGAAAGACAUUGCAUCUUGCCUAGCGAUCUUGGUACUCAUUAGCUGUUGUGUUUUGGGGCGGGCUGUCCAGUUUUGGGGGUUUUUUUCUGUGCAAAUUGAAGUUACUGUAUUUGUAUUUUAAUAUAUGGUGUAGAAAUCUCUACGGAGUAUUCAAGAUUUGUCAAACGGAAAAUAGAGAAGCACUUGAUUUUAGCAUGCGUAUAGUUUCAACACUAUUGUCUAGGCUGCUAUUUCUUACAAUUUGUAUAUUUAAUGUAAAUAUAUAUUAUAUUUAUCAAAUGAUUUAUUUUUUUCUUUUCUUUUUUUUUUCAUGUUACAACCCAUUUAAGAUUUCGAUAGUCAGGUGUCGUGUUUAAGGCUGGAGACUCUUGAGCGUCACAUUUUCCCCGGGGGGUUGGCUCUUUUUCCAUAUUCAAGACUUUAUUGGACCCUGCCUCACCACAAAUCGGAGCAGUUAAUACUGCUAGGACGGCUGUUCUACCAGAAGAAACAGUUGUUCACAAGCACAGCCACACCGAUACAGCACUGGGUACCUAUAGAAAUGACAAUACAGGUAUUGUCCCCCCCCCAACCCCCUAUAAAUACCAGGUAGUUCUCAAGUGAUCAUGGUGUAUCCCUCUCCUAGCUUUGGGGAGGAAAAGCAGUUCAAGUCUCUCUUUGCACUUUCUGUAUUGAAUGGAGCCAUUGGAAUGUGAGAAAUGUAUUUAGCAAAGGGAGGCCAAGGAGAUUGUAAACAGGUGUAUUGUUUGGAGGCAUCAAAGAACACCCCUACCCCCCCCCCCCCUGUCAUCCCAGCAUGCAGUAGAUAAAUGCUUCAUUGUUCCUCUGCAUUGAGGAGAUAUCAGCGUCAUUUGGUUGCGCAUCAAUCAAGAGUAUUGUCCACCCCCUCCCCUCAGUGUUCGACUUUAAAAAAAAAAAAAAAAAAAAAA